AUGCCCGCGGGCGUGCCCUGGCCCACCUACCUGAAGAUGUUCACCGCCAGCCUCCUGGCCAUGUUCGCGGGGUCCCAAGUGGUGCACAGGUACUACCUGCCCGACCUGACAAUACCUGAAAUCCCACCAAAGCCUGGAGAACUCAAAACGGAGCUCUUGGGACUGAAAGAGAGACAACACAAACCUCAAACUUCUCAGGAGUAG